CCUAGCUUAACUAGCUAGUCCGAUCCUCCUAAAGAAGAAGAAGAAGAAGAAGAAGAAGAAGAAGAAGAAGUUUCUGAGUUGUGACUUCUCCUAUACAUGAUCAAUAUGGACCCUCGACAACAGUUUCUCGCGCUACUACUUGUUCUUCUCCUGCCCGUUUUAUGCUUCCAACCUUGUUAUGCCUCCUCGGUAACCCGACGCUUUCGUUUUAAUUUGGAGUGGAAGAAGGUGAAUCGUCUGUGCACUACAAAGCGACUCCUCACGGUCAACGGACAGUUUCCGGGUCCAACCAUCACCGUGAAUGAAGGCGACGAUGUUGAGAUCAAGGUCACCAAUCGCGUCGCCAACAACACCACAAUCCAUUGGCACGGAAUAAAGCAGAAGAGGACCGGGUGGGCCGAUGGGCCGGCCUACGUCACGCAGUGCCCAAUAGGGAGAGGGCAAUCCUACACUUACAAGUUCACUGUGGCCGAACAAAGAGGGACCCUUCUUUGGCACGCCCAUUACUCUUGGCAACGGGCCUCCGUCUAUGGGGCUUUUAUCAUCAACCCGCGGCUUCCUUACCCAUUUAUCGCUCCCAAUCGGCCCAUUCAUGCUGAAAUCCCCAUCAUUUUUGGUGAGUUGUGGGACAAAGAAGUAGAUGACUUCGAAGCGACAAUGCUGGCGACUGGUGCUGGAGCAGCUAUCUCCGUUGCUUACACCAUUAAUGGACUUCCGGGACCUCUCUAUCCUUGCUCCGCCAAAGAUACCUACACGGCGACGGUGGAAUACGGGAAAACCUACAUGAUCCGAGUCAUCAACGCCGCCCUAGGCGACGAGCUCUUCUUCUCCAUAGCCAAACACACCCUCACGGUGGUGGAAGUCGACGCCGUAUACACCAAGCCGUUCACCACCACCGCCAUCAUGAUCGCUCCGGGCCAAACCACCACCCUCCUCCUCACCGCCGACCAGCUCCCCUCGGACCCCACCGCCACAUUCGUCAUGGCCGCCACUCCUUACGUCACCUCCAUCUUCCCCUUCGACAACUCCACCACCAUGGGCUACCUAAAAUACAACACUACUGGCACCAUCAGCAAGGAUCGAACUCGCGACCUUUCAGUCAAACUUCCUGAGAACCUGCCCAAAAUGGAGGACACGAAAUUCGCGACGACGUUUACCAACAGAAUCAAAUCACUGGCAUCGUCGCAGUACCCGUGCAACGUGCCCAAAACGAUCGACAGGCGCGUGAUCACGACCAUCAGCCUGAACCUGCAGGACUGUCCCCAAAACAAGACCUGCACGGGCUACGACGGGAAGAUGUUCAUGGCCUCGAUGAACAACCAGUCCUUCCUCCGCCCCUCCACCUCCAUCCUCGAGACGCACUACCGGACCGGGUUGGGAACCGGUUCGAGCGGUUUCCCCGAGCGGCCCCUGAACAAGUUCGACUACACGGGCGGGAACGCCUCGACCAUGAACACCAACAUGGAGUUCGGGUCCAGGGUCAUCGUGGUGCCCUACGGCACCAAGAUAGAGAUCGUGCUGCAGGGCACCAACCUCCUCGCUCCCGAGAACCACCCCAUCCACAUCCACGGCCACAAUUUUUACGUGGUGGGGACCGGGUUCGGCAACUUUGACGAGUCCAGGGACCCCAAGGGCUACAACCUGGUCGACCCGCCCGAGCGGAACACGGUUGGGGUGCCCAUGGGCGGGUGGGCCGCCAUUCGGAUCGAGGCGGACAACCCGGGGGUUUGGUUCGUGCAUUGUCACUUCGAGCCGCACACUUCCUGGGGGCUGGCUACGGGGUUCGUGGUGCAGGAUGGUCCGUUGCCAUCCCAGCGACUGCUUCCUCCGCCUAAAGAUCUUCCGGCCUGCUAAUUUAAUUAUUAUUAUUAUCAGUUUUGUACGAUUAAAGAUAAUAUAUCAUUAUGUUGUAAUAUAGGAUUUGAAGUUGUGUACUGUUUGGUGUCGUAUUAGUUUUGAUGGAUUGGGCAUGUAAAUCGUUACCCUCGUGUCUUUUGUGGUGUAGAAUAUGUCUGUGUUGUCCGAAGGAGAAGACUAAGG